UUAUUUUCCAAAAGGGCAUGUUACUCAUGUUUGUUAAUUCAGAAUAAUUAAAUUAAUUUACAAAGAAAGAAAAAAUUUGUGUGAAUUGAUCGAGGUUUUGUUAAACCUACAGGCCCAAAAACGCUGUCUCCAAAUGUUCUUGGUCUAAUCGUUAACCGUUUCAGCAGGUAAGUACACCAGUAUUCAUCUACUUUAUUACCGCAGUUCGUUUAUGAUUUCACACACAUGCAUACCUAUAUUUUGUGUUUUUUAUGUUUCAAUACUGCAUGUAAUGUUGUUCAAGAUAUCCAGAGAGGUUAAAGAGCUGUGAUUGCGUCUCAGUAUGCAUAUUAAGCAGGUUAUUAUUGAGGGGUUUAAGAGCUACAGAGAACAAGUUGCUACUGAACCAUUCAGUUCUAAAGUUAAUUGCGUAGUUGGUGCUAACGGAUCGGGGAAGUCUAACCUUUUCCAUGCAAUUCGUUUUGUCAUUAGCGAUCUCUUCCACAACCUGCGCAGUGAUGAAAGGCAUGCAUUUCUGCAUGAAGGUGCGGGUCACCAAGUGCUAUCUGCUUUUGUGGAGAUUGUGUUUGAUAACUCUGACAACCGCAUUCCGAUUGAAAAGGAGGAAGUACGGCUACGGAGGACGAUUGGCCUAAAGAAGGAUGAGUACUUCUUGGAUGGGAAGCAUAUCACGAAAACAGAAGUUAUGAAUUUACUCGAAAGUGCUGGUUUCUCUCGCUCGAACCCUUACUAUGUUGUGCAGCAGGGGAAAAUUGCAUCACUGACACUGAUGAAAGAUUCAGAACGGCUGGAUCUACUAAAAGAAAUUGGGGGUACUCGAGUUUAUGAAGAAAGGCAUGAAGAGAGUCUGAAAAUCAUGCAAGAAACUGGCAAUAAGAGGAACCAAAAUGUUCAAGUUGUUCAGUACUUGGAUGAGAGAUUAAAAGAGCUGGAUGAUGAAAAGGCGGAGCUUAAGAAAUAUAAUGAGCUUGACAAGCAAAGGAAAUCCUUGGAGUACACAAUAUAUGACAUUGAGCUCCACGACGCAAAACAGAAACAAGCAGAGAUAGAAGAUGCUCGAAAAAAGGUUUCUGAAGCUUCAGCGAAGGUGUAUAACAAUGUGCUUGAUGCCCAUGAAAAGUUCAAGGAGUUGGAUAAAGCAUAUAAAGAUUUUACUAAAGAAAUUCAAAAACUAAACAAGGAGAAAGAAUCUGUUGAGAAACAGCGGAUUGAAGCUUUAAGAAAGCAAGCCCAACUUCAUCUUGAUGACAAAGAUCUUCAAGAACAAAUCAUCACAAAUAUUAAAGCAAAGGAAGACGUGACAAAGCAACUUGAAAUUCUACAGAAAGAUAUUCAAAAGUCGACAGAGGAGCUUAGUAGAAUCAAGCCUUUGUACAACAAUCAAGUCAUGGAGGAGGAGGGUAUUACAAGAGAAGUAAUGGAGCGUGAAAAGAGGCUGAGCAAUCUUUAUCAGAAACAAGGACGUGCAACACAGUUUGCCAAUAAAGCUGCCCGUGAUAACUGGCUCCAAAAGGAAAUUGAUGAAUAUAAACGGCCACUAUCUACCUACGCAGAACAGGAGAAAAUACUUAUAGGUGAAAUUGACAAGCUUGAAACUGAUCUGGAAGAGAAGGAUGCCUACAUUAAUAGUUGCCAAAAUGAUGCAGCGGCCUUAGAAUUAAUUAUAAGUCAAUGCCACGAAGGAAUUAAUCAGUAUAAGGCACAAAGAGAUAAGCUGCAUAAUGAGAGGAAGUCAUUGUGGAAAAGAGAAAAUGAGCUUUCUGCUGAAAUCGAAAUGCUAAAAGCAGAAGUUGUGAAGACUGAAAAGAGCCUAGAUCAUGCUACUCCUGGUGAGAUUAGAAGAGGGUUAAAUUCUGCUCGACGUAUAUGCAGAGAAUAUGGAAUUGAAGGAGUAUUUGGUCCACUAAUAGAGCUGCUGGAUUGUGAUGAAAAGCUUUUCACUGCUGUUGAAGUUACUGGUGGAAAUAGCUUAUUCCAUGUGGUGGUUGAGAAUGAUGAAAUAUCUACCCAAAUAAUUAAACAUCUUAAUUCACUAAAAGGUGGACGAGUUACUUUUAUACCACUGAACAGAGUAAAGGCACCUCAGGUUGUUUAUCCACAGAGCGCGGAUGUGAUACCACUUCUGAAAAAACUGAAUUUCUUGCCCAAGUUUAAACCUGCAUUUUCUCAGGUCUUUGCUAGAACCGUGAUCUGUCGAGAUUUGGAUGUGGCAACAAAGGUUGCACGAACUGAUGGCCUGGACUGUAUAACUUUAGAAGGGGAUCAAGUGAGCAAGAAAGGUGGGAUGAUAGGAGGAUUUUACGAUUUUAGACACUCAAAAAUGAAGUUCAUGAAUGUUAUUAGACAGGGUACACAGUCUAUCAGUGAGAGAGUACAUGAAAUGGAGGGAUUUAAAAUGAAGCUCCAAGAAAUAGAUCAGGAAAUCAAUAAACUUGUAUCCGAGCAGCAAAAGAAUGACGCCAAGCUAGCUCAUGAUAAAUCUGAACUGGAAAAUAUUAAUCAAGACAUAUCAAAUGCUAAUAAGCAGAAGUAUUCCAGUUCUAAAGUGCUUGAGAAAAAGCGUGCGGUACUUGCAGGUGCAUUGAAUCAAAUCGAUCAGCUUAGAGCAAGAAUUGCUGAGAAAAAAGAUGAGAUGGGUACAGAACUUGUUGAUCACUUGAUGCUAGAGGAGAAAGACUCUUUGUCACGAUUAAAUUCUGAACUAACCCUUCUAAAAGAGAGGCUCAUCUCAUGCAGGACAAAUCGUAUAGAGGUUGAAACAAGAAAAUCGGAGCUCGAGACCAAUCUGUCAACAAAUUUAGUUAGGCGGAAGCAAGAACUUGAGUCGAUAAAGUUGUCUGCAGAGCCUGAAUUGUUACACGGUGAAGCUGAAUUUAAGAGGCAAGAACUGAGGGUUGCCAACAUACUGGUCGACGACUUAACACAACAGCUUAAAAGAGCAUCUGAGUGCAUAGAAGAAAGCACAAAGAAACUCAAAAAGAUAAAUGAUGAAAAAACCAAGCUAGAGAUUUUGGAAAAUGACUAUCAGAGGACCCUUCAGGAUGAAGCAAAGGAACUGGAACAUCUGUUAAGUAAAAGGAAUGUGUUUAUUGCCAAACAACAAAAGUACUCGAAGAAAAUCAGUGAACUAGGACCUCUAUCUUCAGAUGCAUUUGACACGAAGGAAAGGAAAAGCAUUAAAGAUAUAUAUAAAAUGCUUUACAAGUGUAACGAGCAGCUCCAGCAGUUCAGUCAUGUCAACAAAAAAGCACUUGAUCAAUAUCAAAACUUUACAGAUCAACGAGAAGAGCUACGGAAAAGACAGGAAGAAUUGAAUGCUGGUGAUGAGAAAAUUAAGGAACUGAUAUCAGUGCUGGAUCAGAGGAGGGAUGAAUCAAUUGAACGUACAUUUAAAGGUGUGGCCAAGCAUUUCCGUGAAGUGUUUUCUGAACUUGUCCAAAAUGGCCAUGGUCAUUUGGUUAUGAUAAAGAAAAAGGAUGCUGAUCAACUUGAUGAUGAUCCUGACGAAGGAGAGCAUCAUCCAAGCGACGUGGAAGGGAGGGUUGAGAAAUACAUUGGUGUGAAAGUAAGGGUCUCUUUCACCGGGCAAGGGGAGACACAGUCUAUGAAGCAGCUCUCUGGUGGUCAGAAAACUGUGGUUGCACUAACUCUGAUCUUUGCCAUACAGCGAUGCGAUGCUGCUCCAUUUUAUUUAUUCGAUGAGAUAGAUUCAGCAUUGGAUCCCCAGUACAGAACUGCUGUUGGAAAUAUAGUUCAUCGUUUGACGGACAAGCUAAACACACAAUUUAUAAUUACUACCUUCCGGAAAGAACUUGUGAAAGUAGCUGACAAGAUAUACGGGGUGACACAUAAAAAUAUGGCCAGCUGCAUAAAUGUUGUAUCCCGGAAAGAAGCAUUAGACUUUAUUGAGCAUGAUCAGUCUCGGAAAGUUGACUGAGGUUACGAUCUUCUGAAUUUUCAAGCUUUUAUCAGUCUGGCCUUGACUCCUACUUAUGAGCUAUCUUUUAAAUACCCCAGGCAGAAGAAACUGUUGGAUCCUGAUUGUGGAAAUAGGGUUACUGAUUGAAGAAUCGCGCUUGAUCUCAACCCAAUAUAACCUGAAAACCAGAAUAUAUGGAUGCACAUAGCCAUCUCUUACAUAUAAAUAUAAAUUUACAAUAAGCUUCUGGUUAUAUGUAACUUCAUCUUUCUGUGUAGUGGGGAUUAACAAAGAAUAUGGAUGAUUAUUGAUAUACUAAUGGUUAUCAUGAGAAGCCUGCUUUAGUUAUUUUAGCUCUAUGGUGUUACAAUUUCUCUUUCCAGCUAGAACAAACCUGUGGUUGUAUUA